AUGUUCCUACGGGCAAUCGGACGGCCAUUACUGGCUAAAGUGAAGCAAACAACAGGGAUCGUAGGAUUGGAAGUGGUCCCCAAUGCGAGAGCAGUGUUGAUCAAUCUAUACAACAAAACCCUAAACGAGAUCAAAGCAGUACCGGAAGAUGAAGGAUACCGUAAAGCAGUGGAGAGUUUCACAACACACAGACUAAAAGUUUGUGAAGAAGAAGAAGAUUGGGAGAAGAUUGAGCAACGGAUUGGCUGUGGUCAGGUCGAAGAGCUUAUCGAGGAAGCUCAGGAUGAGCUCAAGCUCAUCGAAAAAAUGAUCGAGUGGGAUCCUUGGGGUGUUCCUGACGACUAUGAAUGCGAAAUUAUAGAGAACGAUGCUCCCAUUCCUAAGCAUGUGCCAAAGCAUGUACCUGGUCCUCUCCCUUCAGAAUUUUACCAGACGCUCCAGGCUGUGCAGACAAAGCGUGUGGAACCAAAGGAUGCACCUGCUGUCACAUCUGGUGAGUCGCAGUCAAAGGAGUAA